GGUUUUAGGGACACACCUCAGGGAAGAAGGAGGCUGUUCCUGGUCCCUCAGCCCCUUGAGCCUUCCCCUUCCUUCUGCUCACUAUGGAUCUUGUAUAUGCCUUUUCAUGACGCCUAUCAUCUCCCCAUUAGUGACAGCGAGGCUGAGCAUCUGUGCAAGAUGCUCCUUCUCCGCAGCUCCCAGAUGCUGCAGACCCUGCAGGCAGCCUUGAGGAAGGACAUUCCUGAGUCUAUAAAGGUUUAUGGCACCGUUUUCCAUAUGAACCAUGGAAACCCAUUCAAGCUGGAAGCAUUGGUAGACAGGUGGCCAGAUUUUAGAACUGUCAUCAUCCGGCCUCCAGAGCAGGAGAUGACCGAUGACUUAGAUCCCUAUACCAACACCUACCAAGUUUUUUCCAAGGAUCUCCAGAAUUGUCAGGAAGUCCUCAAGUCUUCAGAUGUCAUCAACUGGAAGCAACACCUGCAGAUUCAAGGUCUACAGUCUGGCUUAAACGAGGUGAUCAAUAAUGUCACAGAGGAAAAAUCAGUCCAGGUCAGGGCGACAAACCGGUAUCUCUAUUUGGUUUCUGAAACAAUGAAGAGACAUGCACCUUCUCAGCACAAUUUGGAUAAAUCGUAUACCAAAACUGAAAAACCAAAUAAACAAAUCAACACAGAGAUAUUUAAGAUGUCAUCACUGGAAGCUGAGCAUGCGUCGUUAGUAAACGACCUCUGGAGCUUUGGGGGAAAUGAGAGGAGCCUGAAAUUCAUCCAGCGUUGUAUCCAGCACUUCCCCAGUUACUGUCUGCUGGGGCCGGAGGGAACGCCAGUGUCCUGGAACCUAACAGACCAGACAGGAGAAAUGAGGAUGGCAGGAACCCUGCCCAAGUAUCGAGGGCAGGGCCUGAUAUCCAGUGUCAUCUACCACCAUGUCCAGAUUGCGGACAAAAUGGGCUAUCCUGUAUACUCCCACGUUGCUAAGGACAACCAAUACAUGCAGCAGAUGAGCGAUAGUUUGAAACACAUUCGUGCACCCUACCCGUGGCAACAGUGGAACUGUGAGCCCCUCGGGGGUUCUACACCCAAGGAGAGUGAAAGCCAGAGCAAGAGUGAAGGUGGCAGUGGGAGCAAGGACUCGGGCUCUUCCUGAGCAGGGCAUAGGUUCCUUCUCCAGGGCAAUCUGGGAUAGUGGAUGGAUAGAUGGAUGGAGUGUUAAGAAUAUGUAAGGGAUGGUCCUCUCCUUGUAGAGCAUCAAGCUCUACAGUAGGACACACUGAUUUCCUUGUAUAAAUCUUAUCAUGAUAACAUGA